AUGGAUUUCUCUUCCAGCUUUGGUCCAAAGGUCUCCCAGUGCGAGGCAAUUAUUGGAUACUGCUUCAAUUCUAAGGUACUCUGCGCCGAGGCCCUGAACGCUGCAGCGGAUUCUAAGUCCGUCUAUAUUUUGGAUGGCCUUCUUCAGAGGAUGCCCAAGAAUGACCGCCUCGCCAUCUACGGCGAUUCCGCUGUCGCUUUCUACUUGUGCAGCAUCUGGGUGCAGCGGGGCCUUGACAAACACUGCUGGACUAUGCUUCGACAUGACCUUAUCAGCAACGAGAAUCUUGCCCGAGUCGGUAUGGAACAUGGCCUCGACACCUGCAUCAACGUCAACGGUGGCACCGUUCGGGUUACACCCGGAAUGGUUGCUACGGCUGUCGAAGCUAUCCUCGGUGCUGUGGAGAGAGACGGCGGUCAUGACACUCUCGCCCGGGUUAUGACGCAUCUGGGUCUCACGCAGCAUGUCCUGCUUUCACUGGUAACGUUCUGUCCACUCACUCACCCCAUUCAUGUAUGCAGAUCGGCUGCGAGUUACUCACUUGAUCUUCUAGGUCCCUCCGUGGCUGCCCUGGGACCACCUUUUGUGCGGGCACUGUGGGCCCGGUACGCGAUCGAGUGGUACUUGCCUGCAUAA